GCCUUGAUCCUCACGUUUACACGAGCGGCCGAUGGCUUCGUCGCGACAAGCUGGAGCGUGACUCGCGCUAUGUUACGUUUGACUUCGACGCGCUCUGCCGGAGGGUUAUCGAACUAUGUCCUGGAGCUGUUUCCAUUGCGACUUACGAUAAGAAAGAAGGGGCUUUCAACAGGGUCUUUAUUUUCACCACUGACAGUGCAGAACGUGUCGUGGCGAGGCUACCCUUCGCGCUGGUAGGACCGCCCAGAUUGACCACCAAUUCCGAAGUCGCCACUAUCAAAUAUUUGCAAGCCAAUACCAGCAUCCCUAUACCGAAAAUCCUCGACUGGAGCGAUGAUGCUUCAAACGCCGUUGGUAGCGAAUACAUCAUUAUGGAACCCACCGCCGGUGUUCAAUUGCACCAGAGAUGGCCAGUUAUGACUGGCGACCAGCAAGUCAGAUGUAUAGACGCUAUCUAUCAGAAGGUCAUAGAAAUGGUAGACCUUAAAUUUCCAGCUUACGGGAGCUUGUAUUUUGUCGAUGCCCCGCUCAACUCUGCUUCCAAGCAGCCUUUGAACCAAAAAUUCUGCGUCGGUCCCCACUGCGGAGCUAUGUACUGGAAUUGCAAUGUUGGCGAAUCUAGAUAUUACCACAACACAAAACCCAAUCGGGGACCGUGGUCUGAUCUUACUGGGUAUUGUGACGGUCUCAUUGAUACCGGUCUUUCCAGGAUCCCACCGGUCGAUCCUGUGGUUCAGAACCGACCGCACUAUCAAGGAACCGUUCAGGCGCACCUUCGCCUCCUGGAAUCCUGUCGCGCUGUUAUAAGGAGAAUGUCCGAAGACCCUCGAAUCCGGGACGCGGCUACACCGACGUUACUCCACCCUGAUCUACACAAAAGAAAUAUAUUCGUUUCGGAUAACGAUCCUGCUGUUAUUACAGGUAUCAUCGAUUGGCAGUCGUCUAGUAUUGAGCCAGCGUUCUGGUAUGCAGACGAAGUACCAGACUUUGCAAGACCCGUUACUCACCCCUCGCUCGAGCAUCGAUUUGAGCCUAAUAGCGAGCGAUGCGUGAAGGCAUUUGACAUUUACACUCGAUUCCUUGUCCCGAAGCUGUCUGGCCCUAGAUUGAUGGAUGAAGCUCUGUUCCGGCCGUUUCGCUACUGCUACAGGACGUGGAAGGAUGGCACUGUGGCUUUACGCCAUGAACUAAUUGAAACCUCGCACCGCUGGAAGGAGCUGGGUUUUGCGGGUUCGUGUCCAUUUCCUAUACCCACGCCUGAAGAAUUAGCCGUUCAUCAGAAGGAAUACAAGAGCUUUGAGGCGGCACAUGAUCUGAGACAGAAUCUCUCAAGCUUGCUUAAUACUGCAUCCGAUGGAUGGGUCCCUCCAGAGGACUGGGGAGCGACAGAGUCGGCCCACAGGGAAAUGUUCAACGGGAUGUUGCAAGCUGUUUUGACCAACGAGAAUCCCGACGCUGAUGAGCCAAUCAAAGACGAAGGAGAUUUAAGGGCAAUCUGGCCAUUCGAUAUAUGA